GCAGCAGCAACGACAGAGAAACAAAGAGAUAAGUAACUAAAGAAUAUGACUUUUAUUUUCUGUCCAGCUCGGUUAGAGAGAGGUUAUAAGUGUUUUUCACCAUCUGCAGAGAUGAGAAACGGACUUUUAACGUGGAUUUGGACUGUGGUAAGGGAGUUGCAGCCAGUUGCUCAGCUCAGACAACGGAAAAAGGUUUUUCCUCCUCAUUGUCCGCCGCCAUAGCCGUCUUCUAGUGCAGUAGUCAUCCCUUCAGCUCCGAGGAGUGUUUGGUCUGUUGCUGUUGGACUUUCUGGGAGGGAGAGCGGCGGUCUGCUGAUCUCAGAGAGGUCUGAGUGGGAAGAAGAUUUCCGCCACCGAGGGUCCAUGGUCGUCCUGCAUGCCGCCUGUCUGCCAUCUACCCGCCAUCAGCUCGUCAUCAUCCCGCCCACGUGUCCCGCCAGCAUCGAGGUGCAUUUCUUUGGAUGCUUAUUGCCUGAAUCAGGACACUCUCUGUGUCCUGUCACUGCCAAACUCAGCAUCUUCUCUGGAGCUACAGGAGGAAAUGGGACGAUCACUUGUAGUUUCACAGAGCAUGAUGACAAGAAGUUCUUCUGUAAGGAUGACUGUAAAGGAGAGAAUAUUCUUGUUGAAACAGAUGGUGGCAUUGCUGCAAAUGGCAGAUACAGCAUCAGUUACACAGAGGUAUCCAAAGCAGGAAGUAGCUCUGAGCUGAGCAAAUUGGCAGUGACCAUCAGAAACCUGACGAAGUCUGACUCAGCACGCUACAGGUGUGGGAUCGGAGAGACCAACGCUCCACGGAAGUAUUCAGAUUUUGAGGUCAGAGUUGUUGAUGAUCCAGUUCAUGGAAACACUUGGUUUGCUCGUACCCACAUUGAAGGAGAAAACUUUACACGUGGAUGCAGUGAUCCAGUCCCUGGAGGCUGGAAGUUCCUCUGUAGAGACAACUGCAGUAAAACAGAAGAUGUUCUCCUUGAAACCAAUAAUGCUGCUCAGAGCAGCCGAUUCAGCCUUGAAUAUAAAGAAAAUUCAGUGUACGGGCUGUAUGUGACGAUCUCAAACCUGACCAGGUCUGACACUGGAUGGUACAGGUGUGGAUACGGCAGAGCGCUGUCUUCAGCUUCAUUCAACACCUUCCCUCUCAUCGUCAUCCCUGAUCCCAGUUCCACUUGGAGUCCGGAAGAGGCUUCUUCUGGUGAUGAGCAGCACAGCAACUUCCCAACAGACGCCAUGCUGUACGUCGUUGUGGUUCUGGCCGUCAUCAUCAUCAUCUUGGGGCUGGCGCUGACUCUCGUUUGUGUUCAAAAGAACAUCACACCCCAUGAUUUGAACAGCAGAGGAUGCAGAGACGACGUGAACAUGGAGGUCUGGUCCAAUGAGUACCAACCUCCUGCCCCAGGCUGUGAAGUGACCAUCUAUGAGAAUCUGGAUCUGGCCAAAAAGGACCAAACCUACUACAACUUGGGCUGAAAAUCACAGGGUGCUGCUGGGUCUAGUCCCGAAGAUACUGAGUCCUAUUCAGCCAGUUUACACAGAAAGACAUCAGACAGAGCUUCAGUCAUGAGGAGGGGGAUUCAGUAAAAUCUAGACCUGAUUGGC